CGCCAUGGGGGCCGAGGCCUCGGGCAGCGGGCCCGAGCUGCGGGAGCUGGUGCGCGAGGCCGAGACCAGCCUGCUCGAGUGCAAGGUGUGCUUUGAGAGGUUCGGCCACCGCCAGCAGCGGCGCCCGCGCAACCUGCCGUGCGGCCACGUGGUCUGCCUGGCCUGCGUGGCCGCCCUGGCGCACCCGCGGACGCUGGCCCUCGAGUGCCCCUUCUGCCGGCGAGCCUGCCGGGGCUGCGACACCAGCGACUGCCUGCCGGUGCUGCACCUCCUGGAGCUCCUGGGCUCCGCGCUUCGCCCGUCUCCGGCCGCCCCCCGCACCGCCUCCUGCGCUCCCGGGGCUCUCACCUGCCACCACGCCUUCGGCGGCUGGGGGACCCUGGUCAACCCCACCGGGCUGGCGCUUUGUCCCAAGACAGGGCGGGUCGUGGUGGUGCACGACGGCAAGAGGCGGGUCAGGAUCUUUGACUGCGGGGGAGGAUGUGCGCAUCAGUUUGGAGAGAAGGGGGACGCUGCCCAAGACAUUAAGUACCCACUAGAUGUCACCGUCACCAACGACUGCCAUGUGGUUGUCACUGAUGCGGGCGAUCGUUCCAUCAAAGUGUUUGAUUUUUUUGGUCAGAUAAAGCUCGUCAUUGGAGGCGAAUUCUCCUUACCUUGGGCUGUAGAGACCACCCCUCAGAAUGGGGUCGUGGUGACUGAUGCGGAGGCAGGGUCCCUGCAUCUCCUGGAAGUCGACUUCGCGGAAGGGGUCCUUCGGAGAACCGAACGGUUGCAAGCUCAUCUGUGCAACCCCCGAGGGGUGGCCGUGUCUUGGCUCACCGGGGCCAUUGCAGUCCUAGAGCACCCUCUGGCCCUGGGGACUGGGGCCUGCAGCACCAGGGUGAAGGUGUUUAGCUCAAGCAUGCAGCUCCUCGGCCAGGUGGAUACUUUUGGGCUGAGCCUCUUCUUUCCCUCCAAAAUAACUGCCUCUGCCGUGACCUUUGAUCACCAGGGGAAUGUGAUUAUUGCAGAUACCUCUGGUCCAGCUAUCCUUUGCUUGGGAAAACCUGAGGAGUUUCCAGUACUGAAGCCUAUGGUCACUCAUGGUCUUUCCCAUCCUGUGGCACUGACCUUCACCAAGGAGAAUUCGCUUCUUGUGCUGGACACAGCGUCCCAUUCUAUAAAAGUCUAUAAGGUUGACUGGGGGUGAUGCAGUGUGGGGGUGGGCUACUGGGGCCUGGAAUCUGAAUCCCUGGUGCUGCCACUAAUGAAUUGUUUAACCCCGUUUAAGUCACUUAAACUCAUCUGUCCAGGCAGGGAUAAUUGUAACUGCCUGGCAGACUUA